UCAUCAUCAUCGCGCCCGGGUGUCAUCAAAACUGCUCCUCCUGACCACUUCUGACCUGCUGGUCAAUGGAAACACCCUCUCGAUUGGUUUAGCCAUGGGAGUUCCCUACUUCCUGGUCAAGUCUGUUCUCGCAGGAAUUCCUAUCGGACUCGCCUUCCUGGAUAUUGUUGGUUAUGUCGCCCGGGUCGAAGGAGCCUCCAUGCAGCCUGCGCUCAAUCCUGGCCACACCGACACGGAUUACGUCUUCCUCUCGCGCUGGAGCGUGAGACAUCUCGAGCUCCAUCGCGGCGACGUUGUGAGUCUCGUUUCGCCGAAGCAUCCGGAGAGACGCAUCCUGAAACGCGUCCUGGCCCUCGAGGGCGAUGUCAUCUCCACGAUUGGCUACUACAAGCCCUACGUCACCGUUCCUGAGGGCCACUUCUGGAUAGAAGGCGACAACACGGGCAAUUCUCUGGACAGCAACACGUUCGGGCCAGUCGCGCUGGGCCUGGUGACAGCCCGCGCCACGUGCAUCGUAUGGCCUCCGUCGCGUUGGCAGAUCCUGCCCUCCUUCAUGCCCCCCAAACGACAGCCCAUCGUGCGGAGUGAAAAAGCCUCGUAG